AUGCUCUCUCGUUUCGGCUUUAAACACGACGCCAUCACUGCAAGCGGCAGUGAAGCCGAGCUCGCAGCUUUUGUCGAGAAGGAAGCGGAGGAUGCAGAGCCUAAGAGGAAGAAAAGAGAACGGAAGCAGAGGAAGCAAAACGAUGAAGAUCGCCCCAAGCUCUUCAUGGAGCUGACAAGGUCCGAGCAGCGGAAAGCAGGACAGAGAGCUCCAGUGUUGCGUCAGGUGGAGGGAGACUCCGUCAACCAGAGGAUUCGACUGUAUCGACGCACGAUCUUCUUCCACAUUCACUCCAAGCUCGACCACAAUGGCUACAUCGCUCAACGACUACGCUUGAAUAACCAGAAUCCCAACGGCAAAGAUGAAAAGGGUCGGACAGCGCUGCAUUACGCGUGCAGACACGGUGCGGAUGGAGCAGUCCGAACCCUUCUUCACGAAGAAACUACGAUCGAUGACCCAGACCUGGAAAUGCGCUGGACCCCUUUGCACUUUGCCGUAAUGGGCGGUCAUGAGAAGAUAGUGGAGCGGCUAGUGGACAAGGCCCCUGUCCGAAGAAUCACGAUAAACCGGAAGGAUAAAUGUGGCAUGACGCCGCUGAUGUUGGCUUGCGGUGAAGACCACGCUGAUAUUGCCAAGUUGCUACUUCGCAAAAAGGCCUUCAUUGACGAAACGGAUAACGAUGGCUGGAGUGCGCUUCACUAUGCGGCUGCAAACGACGCUGCUUUAGCUGCUGAAGUCCUCGUUCAAUACGACGUCAGCCUUAAGACCAGGACGGAAUCCACGAAGGAGACUGCUCUUGAAAUGGCCGAACGACUUCGCUCACACCUUGUUGCUAUUCUGCUGUACGAAAUGACCUAUCGAAAGCGCUAG